GUUAAUUUUGUGUCACGGUGCGCACGCAUCGUAAAAUUUCACGCUCAUAAAUUUUUCAUAACGCGCCUAAAGUAUAACUUCAAAUAAGUGGAAUCAACUACUAUUAUUAAAAACAAAGAGCUAAGAGUAAAUAAUUUUUAAAAAGUAAUUUUGCAUUUAGUUUGCACAUUAUGCGAGAUCUCAACAUUGUUCGACAUUAUCACGCCACGUAAAUGUCGAAGAAGUUCACAAGAAUCGGACACAGAGUUCUCUUUAAAUUGGACGUCUGAAAUCUUGCAACAUCAUACGUUUUUUAAUUUCCAUAUAACAGAAUUACGUAGAGUUUAAUCAGCGCGAACGACUGACAUGACAUAUACAUAUAACAGGUUUUAUAGACGAAAAAAAAUUAUUCUCGUUCCAGAGCAAGUGUUAAAAAAAAGGAAUUAUGAGUGAUUUAAAUUUACCCGCUUUGGCUGAAGUCGGCAAACGAAACAAUGACAUCAAGACUCCAAUAGCGAUGCAAGAAAUUAAUGAAGCGUACAUCGCAUGCGGUUUCGGGUGGUUCCACAUCCGGCUACUGGCUAUAUCGUUUGUGGGCUUCGUGGCGGGGGUUUUGGUCAGCAACAGCACUGCGUACCUGCUCCCCAGUGCCGAAUGCGAUCUCAACAUGUCGUUGGUGCAGAAAGGCUUACUGAAUGCUAUACCUUACUCAGGAAUGCUGCUCUCGACCGUGAUAGCCGGAUUCCUAACCGACACUUUUGGGAGGAAGACUUUUGUUACUCUCGGAUUCGGAGGGAUGUUUAUAUUCAUGUUCAUUUCGGCUUCAAGCCAAACUUACGAAGUAUUGAUCACGGCAAAAUUCUUCGAGGGUAUUCUAUUUGCAACAUCCUUCAGUGCGGCGGUAACAUUGACAACGGAAUACUGCCACAAUCGAAUCAGGGACCAAGUUUUCUUAUGCCAGUCGUCUUUCGCCGCUAUUGCACAAAUUAUCAUUGCUGCGAUGUCAUUUGCGAUAUUAAUGAAUGAUUGGAAAUUUAAUCUGGGAGGUUUUUUGGAACUGAACACUUGGAAUUUUUACCUAUAUCUGAUGUCUUUGUGGUCAGUAUCAGCGUGUUUGUUGUACACGAUUUUCAUUCCCGAAAGUCCAAAAUACUUGAUAACGCAGAAGAAAUUCAACGAAGCGAGGAAUAUAUUAAUCAAAAUGUAUACAAUGAAUACUGGUAAACCAGAGAACACAUUUCCGUACCCAAACUUAUGGAAAGAUAAGCUGCCACAGCAAGUCGAAGAAGCUUCGAAAGAAAAUCUAUGCAAAGCUUUUAAACACCAGAUUGUCGUCGGACUAAGAAAUGUUAAACCAAUGUUCAGGAGACCUUUGGUUUUGUAUCUGCUAAUGAUUAGCUUCUCGCAGUUUUUGAUAAUGGGUGUGUACAACGUAUUGAGGUUAUGGUAUCCUCAAUUGUCGACUAUUGUCGAGCACUACAGUACGGGAACUAACAGUAAUUUGUGUAGCAUGUUGGAUGCUUACACAGCUGACCUGAAGACCGCUGUGACUAAUUCGUCGAGCUCCGACGUCUGUGUGGUGACCCCAAGCGGAGCUGAAACAUACAUAAACAGCAUGAUUAUUGGCUGCGUCUGUCUCCUACCGUAUUUCGUCUCCGGGGUUAUCGUCAACCGUGUUGGGAAGAAACCAUUGCUGAUCGCAGCUGGCGUGAUCACUACAGCCAUAACUUUAAGCGUUCAAUGGGCCAAUUCCAAAGCAGCGAUCGUAUCGCUUUUUGCUAUCGAUACAGCUGUGGGUCAGGUUUUGUUGAGCUUGAAUCAGGCCUUGACAGUUGAGUUGUUUCCGACAACUACUAGAACGUUGGCUAUUUCUAUGAUAAUGGUGGCUGGGAGGAUCGGUACCUUAACAGCGAAUGUGGCGUUCCCGGUUCUCCUUGAUAUGGGCUGCGGAGUACCAUUUUUCACGUUGACCGGAAUGGUCAUGUGUGUAACUGCGAUAUCUUUGUUCCUGCCUUCCGCGAAGAAGUAACUAGGCUAUCCGGUGUUUCUUUAAAAUGGUCACACUGAGAACUUAUACAAGGUGGAUACAAGAAUGAUCAGAAUCUAAAGACCUAUGAAAAACAAAAAAUCUUCGAGAUAGUUUUAUUGAUUUUUGUUUUUGAUAUAAAAAAAAUAGUAAAUUGUGCACCAAGGGAGAAAAGUUGGACAUUUCCUCCCGCGUGUAAAAUUGCAAACACGCGGGAUGAGAUGUCCUACUUUUUUCAUUCGGUGCACAUAUUAUUUUUUCUCCUACUAGGCCGAAAGUUCGACAUUGUAAAAAACUUAGCACCCGUGGAGUACCGAGCCGGGGUCCAAGGGCGAAGCCCCGGUGGGAUCCAGGAGCGAAGACCUGGCGGGGGGAAAGAUAAAAAAAACAAUUUAACUGUUUUUUACUUUUUAAAUAAACUACUACUAAUUGAAUAAGAACUGUCUGAUGAACUCAUUUUUGUUUAAUACUUCACUAUUAAAUUUUAUUGCCUUUUGUUUAUUUCACUUUUACACUAAACACGAUAUUGCAAAUUACUCGAGCACAACAAUGGCGGAGAAUUUUAGGUGCGUGAGAACAGACGUAGACACUAUAACGCGUAUGCGCACUUGUCAGUACCCAGGGAGAAAAAGUUAGACUUUCGUCCUUGUACAGCAGGACGAAAACCGAACUUUCGGCGUAGGUAGGAGAAAAAACAAUAUAAAAUUUUAGCGCUACUUGACUGUUUAAAAAAAGUUUAAUUGUGUCGCGUUUUAUCGAAACCAUGUCACAUUUUUAUUUAAUUAUUGUUUACUUCAAAUCAACGGUUUUGUUUGUUCAACGGUUCGUUAUUUUGCGAAUUUUUUUGCUGUUGUUAUCCUCCGUACUCAAAACUUUAAAACAUCUGUUUCAUUUAAUUAAAUAAAUUUUACAAUAGUUCUGAAAUGGUUUUAGAAUGACGUCGUGUCAAAAUACUUUAGGGCAAGAAUGUAUCAAAAUGUUUUUAAAUAUUGAAGGAACAGCCCAUAUCAUCGUUUAAAUUUAAUAUAGAAAAUUAAAUAUAGAGAUUCUUCUUCUUCUUUUUC